AUGAAGUUCCUUGCCCUCGCCUACCUGGCAACCGCCGUUGCCGCCAGUGUUGUCCGCCGCGACCUGGCCACCAUCACCGGAGUCCUCACUGCUGUCGGUGCUGAUCUCGAUGGCCUAAACACUGCCGCUAAGGGCUUCAGCGGCGACCCGACCGCUCUCCUCGAUGCCUCCAACAAGGCCAUCCAGGGCCUCAAGGACGGCGAUGCCAAAAUCCAACCCCUGCCUGCCCUGAGUCUCACCGACGCCCUCGGCCUGACCGGUCCUGCCAAGGACCUUCAGACCAAGGGUGACGCUCUCCUCGCCACCAUGAAGGACAAGAAGGCCGCCAUUGCCGCCGCUGGCAUGUGCGAUGUCACCCGUCUCCAGGUCGCCGAUCUCCAGUCCGCCUCGGACGCUCUGAUCAAGUCCGUCGUCUCCAAGGUUCCCACCGCCGCCCAGUCCAUCGCUCAGGGUCUCGUCGCCCCUCUCCAGAAGGAUCUUGCCGACGCUGUCGACCUCUUCAGCGCUGCCAACUGCCAGAACGGUGGCGGUGGCUCUACUUCCGCUCCUGCUUCUUCUUCUGCCGCCCCUACCACUUCCGUGGCUCCUACUUCUACCAAGCCGGCCACCACGACUGCCGCUCCCACCACCACCAAGCCUGCCACCACCACCGUUCCCACCAUCCCUGCCACCACCUCUGCUGGCCCCGGCCCUACCACCACUGCUCCUGGUCCUGGCAACGGCACCUGCCCUGCUGCCUCCACGGUUACUGUCACCUCCACCGACACCAAGGACUGCACUCCCACUCCUACUUGCACGAAGACUCCCCCCGUUACUGUCACCACCACCACCAAGGCUUGCCCUACUGGGUCCAAGCUGCCCUGGUAA